UCCCAUUCCCAUUCUCUCUCUCCCCUCCUGUGUAGAGAGAGAGAGAGAGAGAGAGGGGGAGAAAAUUAGGGUUUUAAGUUCUCUCUUCCUAUAUCUGUAAUUGAGAAUAGAUAUGGCUACUGAAGAUCGUGAAUUCUCUCACAAUCAUGCAGAAUCAAGCGAAGACAUGGCCGAAAUGCUCUUCCCUAGGAAACGCUGCUGCUUCUGCAUACCUUGCUUCGGCUCCACCAGAUCGGCCGCCGUCGGGAGAACCUGGUGGCAGAAAGUUCGGAUGGCGGAGAACGAAGAGGGCUGGUUGUCCCGAGGAAUCGCCGCCCUGAUGAAGGUCCGGGAGUGGUCUGAGAUCGUCGCCGGUCCGCGGUGGAAGACUUUCAUACGGCGGUUCAAUCGGAACAAGAGCGGAGGAAGCAAGCAUGCAAACUUCCAAUACGAUCCUCUCAGUUACGCUCUCAAUUUCGACGAUGGAUCGGCGCAAAUCGCCGAUUUGGAGGACGAGUACGGGUUUCCGAACUUCUCGUCGAGGUACGCGGCGAUCCCGAUGACGGCGAAGUCGUCGAUGGAUUUCGGGAAGGACGCGCCGACUUUUACGUGACGGAGUGCGGCGGCUGCUGCUAAUGUGCGCCGGGAUGCGUAUUGAGGGGAAUGUGAGCUUGCUGGUGGUGAUGAUUGGAUGUUGACUUUUCUGACGAUAAUGCGCAUUUUAUCACCGGUCAUCAUAAACGUGCCUCUUUUUUUAUUUUAUCUUUUUCAUUUAUAUAUAUAUACAUAUAUUAAUUAUUAUAGAUAUAGAUAUAUAUAUAUAUAUAUAUAUUGGAUUUUUUAGUAUUUGGGUUGUGUAUAAAUAAAGAUAAUUGAUAGCGAUAUACAAGGUUGCGUGUAGGUUUCUAAGUUGGUUUGAAUUUUAUUUUUAUUAUAUA